UUGUAUUGUCUGUGCGUGCACGGUCGUUAUUAUAGCAACCUAGGGAGGACGGAGGGAAGGAAAGAGGAAGUGGAAGGCUGAAAGCGACAAUGGUGGUUCCACGGAAAGGGGGAAGUAUCAGGAUUAUCAUGGGAACCAUUCUUGGAGGCAUCCUUGGUUUCUUCGUCAUGCACCGCGUCGAAACCAGCUACAAGGAGAAGAUGAAAGAAAGAUUGCGCGAGUAUGAAAACGAACGGAAAAGGAGAGAGAAGUUGGAACAUCUUGAAGAUCCCUCAUAGUCUUGAAGAAUCUUCGGCAUUUUUUUUCUUCGUUUCUUUUUUUUUUUGUAUUUUUAUUUUUAGGGUAGAAUAAGACAGAGUUUUAUUGAUUUUGGUUUGGAAACGACGAUGUUGCCUUUCGGGGACCCUUCCAAGUUGAAAACUAAGAAGGUUGUGUUCGAAGAUAUUUUCAUUGCACAUGAUUCUGGUACAUUGGAGCAGCUGAAGGAGUUAAGUUCCAGGCGUAAAGCAAUUGAGGAAUCCAUUAAUGAAAGCAGCUUCAUUACAGAGGCUGUUGCAAGGGAAAUGGCUGGAGGUUUGACCUCUCACUAUGAACAGGAACUGCAAAAGCUGCAAAGGUACUUGCCACUGUUGGAAAAUUUGGUGUUUCAUGUGGAAUCAGUUAACAACAAUCAGCAGAUGGUUCAGUGGACUCAAGACCUUAAGAUAAGAUGGAGCAGUGUUCUUUGUGCUUCUUCUAUCUUCAAUCUUAUGGGUCCAAAAUUUUUUCAAAUUGAUAACUUACGCUUUGAGCUUGGCAUGGUUCUUUUUCUUUAUGGUGCAAUUCUGCGGGAAAGAGCUUCAGAAAUUCUAACAGCAGAUCUAGUACAAUCUGCCACUCUUUACAGAAAAGCAGCUGGAGUUUAUGACCAUUUGGCUAAUAAGGUACUUCCAUCAUUACAGCCUGCCUUGGCUCAGGAAAGGAUACCAGAGGCUACUUUAUCUAUUUGCUCCAUUAUGAGUCUAAUUUGCUUAGCUGAGGCUCAGGCUGUAACUAUAAGAAAAGCAGAAGAAAAGGGAACUGCUAGAAGUCUUUUAGCAAAGCUACACCAUGGCAUUUCACAGUCACUUGAUGAAGCCGCUAGUAUUCUAUAUUCUACAACGGGGGACUGCAAAGAUAUUUCAGUGAGGUUUCUGGACUUUAUAUCAUCUUGCAGAGCCUUACACACAUUAAGAAGCCAGAAGUACCUUGCAGAAGAUUUGAAAACUGCAGGUCAAGUUGGGGUUGCAAUUGGAGUUCUUCGCCGUGCUUUGGAAAAUUCAAAGGAAAAAAUGCCAAGGGAAAAGUCAUGGCACUUGGUCUUCAGGCAGGAGAUGGAUGUUGUUAGUGAGAUGCUCAGAAGGCUUGAGCAUGAGAAUGAUUUUGUAUGGCAUGAGAAAGUCCACAGUGGGGAUGAGUUGCCUUCAGUCCAAGGAAUGAGAAUAGUGAGUCCAAUACCUUAUUGUAGCCAGAGGUGGGAAAGAGAGCUUGUUUUCAAGAUUUGAGAAAACGAACGACUACAAUAUAGUGUCUCUUAAUUUUCACUUAGGGAAAGGAAAGCUGAUCUUUGUGCUGAACUUUCAUAAAUUGGUUUCACUAGGGAAGAUGAGAGAUGUGACAUGGAGGAUUUCCUUGUUCUCACAACAAACUGAGAAGGCGUUAUUUAUUUAUAUUGGUAGAGUUUGUUGAUCAUCAUUUCAGGGUAAACAGGAAUUGCUUCCUUCCCGUGCA